AAAUAGCGCAAGUGACCGAAAGAAAAUAUUCCGAAAAAAAUACUACGCCGAAUGAAGAAUUUUGCUAACGUUAUAAAUAAACAUCUUAUCGUUUAUGAAUUUGGCGUUUAUUAGAUGUUCAGCUUGAAGUGGCAGUGAUGCAAAAUGAUUUUGAUCGUGAAAAAUUGUGUUAACGUAACGAUGCAUUUAUCAAAGUGGGUUUAAGUCUUAUCUCUGUUGGCGUCCUCUUGUUUUUUAUGGUUCAAGUUCACGAUGGCAACAGUCGAAGAGACAGUUAAAGUGUCGGUGGUGACUGACCGAUCACCAAAUAUUAUACGAUGCUCUAGUACGACGAGUGCAGAGGAUUUGUGCAUUAUUCUUUGCAAAAAGUAUAAAAUUCCACCUCUCACUCGGACACUGUUCGCGUUACGAGUCAAAGGCAGAGAUUAUUUUCUCAAAGAUAACGCAAAAGUUCUGUCCAGCACCAGGGAUUACGAGCUUAGGAUUCGUUUUAAGGUACCAAGAUUAGAGCUGCUUAUAACUUUGGAUGAAACAACUUAUGAUUACUACUUCCUUCAAGCCAGAAGCGAUGUGUACGAGAAUAGGAUCCCUGAGCUCAAGUACCCUGACCACAAGAAAGAAAUGCUCGGUCUUGGUAUUGCUGACAUGACACGCGCCACGGCUGAGGAAAAAUUGUCGGUAAACGAUGUUGUGAGGGAUUACAAAAAAUAUAUACCGAAAGUGAUCGUUAGGAGACACGGUCACGUUGCGAAGAAGCAUGCUCACGACCAACUACCAAAGCUUUGUUCUGUUGGACAUAACGUCAACUAUAUAAAAAACUUGUACCUGCAACAACUGUACAUUAUGGCGCCGAACUAUUUGGCGGAGGAAUACGACAAUGUUCUAUGGCAGAACGGCAGCGAGGUGAUACCCGUGCGAGUCAUGGUCGCUCCCUUCCACCCGCAUCAGCCCGGCAUCAGACUCUUCAAUACCGUCAAACGAGACUGGUGCCACGUUUGCAAAAUAGAAGAAUUAAUUUAUAUAACAAGAAAUGGAGAGAACUCGUUAGAAAUAUCUAGAAGAGGAACUCCUUUGUUCUUUAAGUUUAAGUCUGAGGAGCACCUGUCUUCGUUUAUAUCAGUUUGCGAUGGAUAUUACAGAUUGAUGGUGAAAUGGACGUUUAACCUGUCUAAAGACGACGAAACGCCAUCGCUAAAGGAACUACAAAGAAUAAAAUGUCACGGCCCUGUCGGGGGUGCAUUCUCGUAUCGAAAGUUGGAAGAAAAACGCGCUAAGAAACACGGUUGUUAUAUAUUGAGGCAGUGCCAGGAUGACUACAAUGUUUAUUAUUUGGACGUAUGCACUAAAAAUAGCACAACAGAAACGUAUAAAAUAGAGUUUAAGGGUCAUUGUUACGUGGUCAACAAUGAGGAGUAUUACAGCAUAGAGAGGCUAGUCGGGUGCCAUCAGAACCAAGAAGGAAGGAUAUUCCUGAACGAAUGUAUACCGCCUUCAGAGUAUGAUAAGUCCCAAUUACUGUUAUGUGGGGAGCCGGUUAAAAGAGGUGUGAGAAUUGACCAAGCUGAACUUCAAGAUAUUCUCAAAGACAACCGGAGCCCUCGAUGUUUGCCAAAUAAGGACAUUUUACUGUACACAGGUUCUGAAAAGUUCGGUUCGGAAAACAUAACGACUACUUACAAAGCUUUGUGGAGGCUCGAUGAAACUAAGAAGUUGGUGGUCGCAUUCAAGACUUUACAGAGAGAAAAGGCCAAUGACCAUUUAAAAGAAUUCGUAGAGUUAGCAAGCAAAUGGGCUUGCGUGCAGUCUAGUUCCAUGGUUCGACUAUACGGCGUGACGUUGAGUUCGCCAACAGCACUUGUGCUCGAAUACUUGCCAUAUGGACCCUUUGAUGAUUAUCUAAGAGAGAACGGUGCCCGCGUAAAGCUACUUCACCUAAAGAAAGUAGCGGCGGGUCUUGCCCGAGCGCUAUGGGACCUCUCAGAGGCAGGCAUAGUGCAUGGGUCGGUGCGGUGCCGGCGCCUGCUGCUAGCGGCGCACGACGGCGACCGCAUCGUCGUCAAGCUGUCCGGCCCCACGCUGCGCAACUACACACAGCACGACGUACACUGGAUGCCGGUGGAAUUCUUCUCUGACAUGAGCUUAGCGAAACGGUCGGUGAUGGGCGACAUCUGGGCGUUCGCCACCACGCUGUGGGAGGUGUUCUCUUACGGACAGUCGCCCACCGAGACUAAUCCUGUGUUGACUGCUAGGAGUUACGAGAUGGGUGACCGGCUGCUGCGUCCGGCUCGGUGCCCGGGCGAGGUGUGGGCACUCAUGCGCCAGUGCUGGCAGCCCGACCCGCUGCGCCCGCAGGAGAUCAUGCGGGACAUGAACCAUAUGCUGCACAGAGAAUAUGUGCCGAUCCACGAAUACGAAGAGCCAAAGAUCUCCCUAGAACAUAUGGAACACGCUGAGACUGUAUCAAGUGAUAGGUUUAUACCGAGUGAAUUGAGUGAUGCUGGUAGCAACAAGUCUUUGAUAUCGGACAGCAGUGUGCUUUCAAUGAAUGGGACAAUGUCUGAUCAAUAUGAUAAUCCUUUCGCAGACAACAAAAGCUCCAAUUCCCUAGAAAGCAUGAACGGCCUUCCUUACGCGUUACAACGCGAGCUACGUUCCCGAAACAGCGGCAGUGUGAACGCAGCACGAGCCAUCGAUGACGAACUCGAUGACGACUCCACGCCCGCGCCCAGGCUCAUGGAGUCCAUCGUGUCACAGGGGAAGACUUACCUCGUCACGUUGACUAAGAAGAUUGGCAGUGGCAACUACGGGCACGUUUUCAAAGGCUGGAUGGAGCGCGACAACCAAGAAUCUCAGCGAAGAGAAGUGGCCGUCAAGAAGUUGACGCGACAGGCGUCUGAGAGAAACGGCACUUUGUAUGAAGACUUCAAGAAUGAAUUGGAGAUUAUGAAGUCGCUUCAACACAUCAACAUAGUAGAAAUCCUCGGCUACUCCUGGGACCAUGGAUCAGACGUGCUCAUCGUGAUGGAGUACCUGGAAGAAGGCUCGCUGAACUACUACCUCAAGUUCCAGGGAGACAAGCUAAGGAUCUCGCAUCUGUUGAAGUACGCCAGGGAUAUUGCUACGGGAAUGGACCACGUAUCAGCAAAGAACGUGGUACACCGUGACUUAGCGACGCGGAACAUUCUAGUCGUGAACAAGUACCACGUGAAGAUAUCCGACUUCGGCCUCGCCAGGAUCAUUCCCAAGGAGGAAAACGCAUACAGACUUAAGACUGAAAGAUUGCUGCCUAUUAACUGGUACGCGCCGGAGUCGGCGGUGGAGCCGUGGCACUUCUCGACGAAGAGCGACGUGUGGUCGUACGGCGUCACGGCGUGGGAGAUAUUCACGCGAGCCCGACAGGAGGUGCCCAAGUUCAAUCCUGAACGGCCGCUAGAACGGGCUUCAUGCUUUCAAAUACCGGAAGAUUGUCCGUCAGAAAUAUUCAGACACCUGAUGAUGGACUGUUGGAAUCUCAAACCGAACUUACGACCCAAGUUCAUUGACCUCGUGCAUAUGUGCAAACGAUUUAUGGACGAGUAUAAGUAGAGCUUUUAUUUCUUAUUGCACGAAAUCUCAAAAUAUUAUCGUGGAAAAAGUAUAUACGUAUUAAAAUAUCGUCUUGCUUUUGUGAUUCUCUUGUGCGGGUAUGGACUAUGGUGCUUCUUUGAAGUGUUCACCAAAUCCUGCAACAAGAGAAAAAAGGCCAAUUAUGGAUAAUAUAUUUUUUACGUAAAGAAAAAUGUGUCAGCAGUUUCGUAUGUACUCAGGUGCAGUUCGGAUCAACUAUUUUGGAUGUUUAUAUCGUUGUAUAUUUAGAGGUCAAUCGUCUCAUUACGUGUUUGUUAUAUUUGCGCUAUAUUUGCACAAACGGUACUAGCUAAUCAAUCGUCUAACAUAAGUAUGUGUUUUUGUGGUUCCUCCAAGCAUUUGCCUUAGUUCUGUAUAGUUUAUAGUUAUUUGUAAAUAUUUAUACAAAUGUUAUAUCCGUUUUUCUUUUAUUACAAUAUCAUAAUGCAUCUCAAUCAUGUGGAAUCUAUUAAUUUGUGUUUUUCAGUGCAAUCAUAAUGAAUGGAUUAUUGUUGUUGUCUGUCAAUGUUUUUUUUAUUAAUAUUAUUGUUUUUGCCCCAGUUUUUGUAUAUUUCAUUUGAAUUGACUAAGAAUUUGAAUUUUGACGUAAUGAAUACUUGCCGUGUAUUAUUGUGACUAAUUGACGAGUCAAUUUUAGUGUAAGCAAAGCUAUAUUGUGUAAGCAAUCAGUGUAUAAGUUUCGCUAGUCUAACCAUUCUAGAGCUCUUACUGGCACAAAUGUGAACUUGCGAGAUUAUGAUGUUAUUGGUGUUCAAAUAAAUUGCAAAUCUAUAACAAUUUGAGCAUUUGUACAAAAGAUCGCAACUAUUAGAUGACAAUGAAGUAACGUUUGUUAACAGGACGUACGCACGCGGUAUACAGAAUGGUCGCUUAGAUCGAUUCACUAUAAAACCAAAGAUGAUAUUAAAAUAUGAACAUAAAAUCUAGAGAACAAUUUAUUUUUAAGAAUUAUUGUGUACAUUUUAUUAAUUUUACGCCUUAUAUGUAAGUUUUGCAAUUCACUGUUGUGACAAUUAUAAACAAUGUAGUUAUAAUUUUAGUAAGGCACGAAAAAUAUAAUCGGGUAAUUAAAACUUACAUUAUAAUUAUUUUAGAAAUUUAUAUUUGUUUAGAUAUGAUUGGGAAAUAUUUUAUAAAAUUGUUUUUAAUUAUUAUUUUGCACAGCGUCGCUUGACGAUGUGUCGACGAAUUGGAUUGUGAUUACAUAGACUGACAAAAUGGAGUAUCGGUGCUAAAGGAUGAAAUUAGCAGUGUUGGGUCAAUCAACGAAUGAUUUUUUUGGUAACUAAUAAUUGACUUAUUAUUAUUUUUUAAUGGUGUCUUAUGUACUUUUGCUGAGCCAUGCAUCGAAAAUUGUGAAAAGUAAGAAAAAUUACUCGUUUAUUAUUAAUGUAUGUUGAAGUUUAUACGAAUUUUACCCAACACUGGAAAUUGGGCCUUAUAUUUUCUAUUGAGAGCGUCCGGGACGACAGUUGGUAAAGAUCUAGACGUCGGUAGUUGUAGAAGAUCUAGUUCCUGCAGAACGAUUAUAGAUUUUAGUCCGAAAUUAUUAUGUACCCAGAACCUGAAAUUAUAGAAGCCGAGGGAUUUUA